AUGGAGCCAACACCUAGCACUUCAAACACCUCUAGGAGGCGGUUUGUGGGUAUUAGUAGAAAUGAUUCGGUGCCUGUUAAUAAGGAUUCAGCAAAGGAUGCAACGAUGCAGGUUGUGCGGAAAGUGAGGCCAAAAACUAAUAGUUGCAGAGCUAUUAACCAGGUACCGCAAGAACUAUUAGAAGAUGAAAAGUUAAAUGAAGCUAUCAAGCUCUUACCUUCUAACUAUAAUUUUGAGAUUCAUAAAACAGUUUGGAAUAUAAAGAAGUGCAAUGCAACUAGAGUUGCAUUGCAAAUGCCAGAAGGGCUAUUGAUUUAUUCGCUUGUCAUAAGUGACAUAUUAGAACAAUUUUGCGGUUGUGAGACAGUUGUGAUGGGUGAUGUAUCUUAUGGUGCGUGUUGUAUUGACGAUUUCACAGCAACUUCAUUAGGAUGUGACUUUAUAGUCCAUUAUGCACAUUCGUGUUUGGUUCCCAUUGACAUAACCCGCAUCAAAGUUUUGUAUGUAUUUGUUACUAUUGCUAUCGAUGAGGUACAUUUAAUGAAAACUCUUCAAAAGAAUUUCCCAGUUGGAUCUAGACUUGCUGUUUUAGGCACUAUCCAAUUUAAUCCUGCAAUUCACAGCAUCAAGAGCAAAUUAUCCAAUUCAAAUGAGCAUAUGUUGUAUAUUACUCCACCGCAAAUAAAACCGUUAUCCAAAGGAGAAGUAUUAGGAUGCACAUCCGAAAGAUUAGAUAAAAAUCAGUUUGACGCAAUAGUCUAUGUUGGCGAUGGAAGAUUUCAUUUAGAAAGUGCUAUGAUUCAUAACCCAGAGAUUUCUGCCUUCCGGUAUGAUCCAUAUAGCCGUAAAUUUACUCUUGAAGGUUAUGAUCAAAAACAACUGGUUGAACUUCGAUCAAGUGCCAUAAAUGUUGCCAAAAGUGGCACUACUUUUGGAUUAAUCUUGGGUGCAUUAGGUAGACAAGGAAAUCUUGCUACGGUUCAAAAUCUGGAAAACAAACUACUUGCCGCUGGGAAAACUGUUGUGAAGAUAAUUUUAAGCGAAAUCUUUCCGCAGAAACUGGCAAUGUUUGACCAUGUAGAUGUUUUUAUACAGGUUGCAUGCCCAAGAUUGUCUAUAGACUGGGGUUAUGCCUUUAACAAGCCACUAUUAACGCCAUAUGAAGCUAACGUUAUGUUGGAAAAUGAUAUAAUGUUUAGCGAAAAGUAUUAUCCGAUGGACUACUAUGAGGCUAACGGGUAUGGUCGUGGUAAAGUUCCCUCACGCAGUAGUCUUAUAAUAUAG